GCGUUGCUAGUUGGCCUUUAUUUUGCAUCACGCGGUUGGCAACUUAUUAGCUUGGUGCAACAUACGAAAGUAAACGCAAGUAAACAAGCUGCGAGGUGAAAUUUCCUUGGGAAAGUUUGACAUAAUAUCAUCCAAGUCGUCUUCUAAAAAGCGUACACAAUAUGUCUUCAAGCGACUGGGAAUACAACUUGUACAUGAGCCGGGCUGCUGAGAGCAAACCUCCUCAGGGAGGCAACAUGUCCGAUAUCGAGGAUGAUGAUUACGAUGCCGAGGAGCCGGAGAAGAUGUACCACUUGGAUCUGGCCAGCCGCAUCAAGGAGAAGUUCCAUCGUCGACUCGUCAAGACAGGCAUCCCACGCAGGCCGGGAUACUACCAGAUUCAGACGUGUCGUUCCAUGGCCAAGCCCAGCGGUCAUUACUACACCGGCAAGCAUUGGGAGAUGGCUCCACAGGGAGCAGACAGGGGCGGUGUUGGGGCCUUGCAAAGACCCCUGGAACGUACCACUAGAAGACUUACUAUCUGCGCUGUCAACCAGGCCUGUGAUGAUGAAAAGGGCCGUCGCACCAAGAACGAAGCUCGCGAGAUGCAAGUUGCUGGAAGACUUUUCUCCCCGUUGAACAAGGAGUUCAAACACAUCAUUGCCUUCAAUGAGGAAGAGCAAGAGAAAGAGGAGACAUGCAAGAGACAAGGAUUAAUGGAAGGGAAAGACUGUGUCAUGGCCGACCUGCUCUACCAACAAAACGGCAAGAAACUCAACAGAGGUAUUGAGGAGGAGAGACAACGCCGUAUGACCAUCAUGUCUGAGCUGACAGAUGAGGAGAAGUCCUCUGGGGAUGCCAAUUUCCGUGAGAUGCUGCGAUCUUUGUCUAGAGUGAGCAAACUGUGGCAGGAGAUUCAGGAUGAGCUCAGCAAUGCUGUCCAUGAUCUGGAGGAGGUUCACGAAGAAGAGGAUCAUGCCAUAGGGGACAUCUUCAACGAACUCAAAGAUGACUUCGUCCUCAGCUUCAAACGGGCUACGCUUCUCAUGAAAUUCCACAUGGCUGAAGAGAAUGAGCGACAGCGGCGUCUUAACGAGGCUCGGCUCCUGAGCAGCGGCAAGAAGCAACUGGACCAAGUCCAACGUCGUUCCUCUUACAUGAAGGAUCUGACACAGCAGGAACUAGUCAGGGUCUUCAACGGUGUGGUGAUGGCUGAGAACGAGCAACAAGAGAAACUGGAGUAUGAAACGGAUCUACGGAAGGGAAUGUUCAUGGAACAGAUGCUGCGGCGCCAUUCCAUUCAGGAAGCAGACCAUGCUUGUGCCUUGGAGCGAGUCCGCCGCAUCCAGGAGGCUGAGGAUGACCUGAGACCCGGCACUCGCAAGGAUCAACUCAAGGAACACAUCAAAGACAUCAUGGUGGACGUACAGGAACAGAUGCUGCUGCAGAUAUUCCGUGGCCACAAGGUGCGUAUCGCUGAUCCACGUGACAUUCGUUACUAUGCUGACGAGAGCCCUCAGGAUCGCAAGCUGCGCAACGUGCGCACCCAGUCAAGACGCAAGUCUUGCGUUGUCUCUGGGUAUUAACACAACUUCAUUAGUCAACAGCAGGACGGGAUGGGACAAGAAUUCACCAGCAUCAACUUUCAACGUUAAAUUACAGAACAUAAAAAUAUUAUUAAGGUUUGGUUGUG